UUGCGAGAGCAAUGUUUGUGAUGAAAAUAAUAUAUUUAAAUUACAUUAAAUUGCGAAUAACUUAAAAGCGCAACAUAAUUACUUUUUUUAUUUUAAUAUAGCCCAUAAUGUUCUGUAGCACUUUCUAAAGUUUUGUUUUUAAGUGGUAAUUAUAACAAUUGUCAUGGGCUCCUAUUCAAAGAAAAGUUCAGCUGAAUGGUUUAUCGACCAGAUAAAUGUAGAGAAUGCAAAACUCUUGGCUUUUGUCCUUGUUCUUGGGUUCAUUGGAUACCAUGGAAUACUGCACUUACGAUAUGGUCCAGAUUCUUGCAAUUGGUUGUUGUCAUCUGGUCGUUAUAAAGGAGAUCACGAAUGGCAACCAUACGGCUGUAUGCUGCAUAAAUACUCAAAGACAGAUGCACGAAGAUGUUUGCGAUAUUUAGCAUUUUGGGGGAAAUACAACAGUUUUGCGUUUAUAGGAGACUCGAGAUUAGAACAAUUAUAUGAAUACUUUAUUGGCGUUCUUAAAACUCGAGUGGAUAUCGAUUCGUCCUACUCGACCAAAGACCACCACAUGCCGAACUACACAUACGUUGAUAACAAACUGAGGUUAUCCGUUACGUUUAUAUGGAGCGACGAUGUUUCUAGAACAAUGGUUGAGCAGUUUAGGACAUGGCAAUAUUCAGAUAGUCCUCCGUCAGUGAUAGUAGCCAGCACGGGGUUGCAGUUGAUAAAGAAUCGUAAUACAACAGAACAAGCGUUAGAAGAAUACAAGAGGAACCUCACGCAGCUAGUUCAACCGAUAGAUGCCCUCGCUGCUCGAAAGACUCAGGUCCUAUGGAAGUUAUCGGAGUCAGUCGACACGACGAAGAUAAAAAAUGACGUGAAGAUUACGAAUAGUGAUAUUGAUGCGUACAAUAGAGCAGCUGUCGAGAUCUUACAGCACAGUGCCACAAAACUUUGGAACUCUCCUCGCUUGGCAGCCGCUGCCGCUUCAUCAUCAGACGGCCUCUCAAUAAGCCCCACGGCGUUGCGGCACUCCGCGCAGAUCCUCUUGAACAUGUUCUGUAACGACCACAUGAACUUCAACGACGGCACGUGUUGCGCUCAACCGGAGCCCUGCACGCAGUUGCAGCUGUUGACGUUUGCUCUCUUCCUGCUCUGUGCAGUGCUAACCAGCAUACAAUACAUAUGGCGCUGGUCGCAGAACAUCAAACAGAGGAUAGAGGGAUAUUCAUUGGUCAAUCAGAACGCUGUCGAAACACCCUCAGCAAUGGCAGCCCUCGCCAAGCUUGGCAUGAUCAUGGCGUACUUCUAUCUGUGCGAUAGAACUAAUUUCUUUAUGAAAGAGAAUAAAUAUUAUUCAGAGUGGAGUUUUUGGUUGCCAGUCGGCUAUGUGUUUGCACUGGGGUUAUUUUUUACAGACGAGUCGAGGUCUAGUAGUCAUUCGAGAGUACUAAAUCGGGACCAAACCAAUGAAUGGAAGGGUUGGAUGCAGUUAGUGAUCCUGGUGUACCAAGUCACGGGCGCUAGUAAAGUACUCCCUAUUUACAUGCUAGUGAGGGCACUCGUGUCCUCCUACCUCUUCCUCACUGGUUAUGGACACUUCUAUUACACUUGGAAGACGGGGGACACUGGCCUGGUUCGCUACUUCAGAGUGAUAUUCAGAUUGAAUUUCCUAACAGUUGUGCUGUGUCUAACGAUGAAUAGGCCUUACCAGUUCUAUAGUUUUAUACCUUUGGUCUCCUUUUGGUAUACAUUGAUGUUCGUGAUCUUCGCUCUCCCACCACACAUAACCCCAUCUUCAAGUCACACGAUGGAAACGAAGCCGUACCAGUAUCUCUACAUAGCAAUCAAAGUGAUCGGUCUCCUCACCAUAGUGACGGUUCUGUACAUGAGCGAGGUUUUCUUCCAGAAGAUAUUCGUGACGAGGCCCUGGAAAGCUUUAUUCGUCAACGCAGACGAUGAUAUACACCAAUGGUGGCUCGAUUGGAAACAAGAUCGGUACUCGAUGACGUACGGCAUAAUGUUCGCGGCGGCGUACCUGGCGGCGCAGCGGCACGGCACGGCGGGCGCGGCGGGCGCGGCGCUGGGCGUGGCGGGCGCGGCGGGCGCGGCGCUGCGCGCGGCGGGCGCGGCGGUGGCGCUGGCCGCCUACGCCGCGCUCACGCUGCUGUGCGCCGACAGCUCGGCGUGCGACGAGAUCCACAGCUACGUGUCGUUCCUGCCCGUGGUGGGCUACGUGGCGCUGCGCAACGCGUCGGCCGGCCUGCGCGCGCGCAGCUCGGGCCUGUUCCGCUGGUUCGGCUCCGUCACGCUGGAGCUGUUCGCGUCGCAGUCGCACAUCUGGCUGGCGGCCGACACGCACGGCGUGCUGGUGCUCGUGCCGGGCGCGCCCGUGCUCAACCUCAUGCUCACGUCCUACGUGUUCGUGUUCGCCGCGCACGAGAUCCGCAAGCUGACCGGCGUCAUCCUGCCGUACGCGGUGCCGGACGACUGGCGGUUGGUGUUGAGGAACUUUGCGAUCUUCCUGGCGAUCCUGGUGCCGAUCGGUAUACACGACGGCAUGUUUUGAGAGGUGAACCUCGGAACGAUUCACUGACGUUUACAGAGUAUGUGCGGUAUGAAAGACGCGGCGCGGCAAUUAAGUUAUACUGAAGAAUGAUUCGAUGAUAUGGUUCGUGAAGUGAUAAUC